AUGAGCGAUUCCUUAAACGUGGAUGUGGAGCUUGUAAACAAUCCAGAUGAGGAUCAAGGGGAUGAAGAGCAUUAUUACGACAAUAUCGAUGAUCUGAAAGUUCUGAUCAAUGGCGAUGAUGAGAACGAUCGAGGUCUGUUUUCAGACGAUGAUUCUGAAGGAUACCAUUCUGGUAAUCGUGAUGAGUCGCUCUUAGCAGAAUUUUCAGAUUACGGUGAAGUAUCUGAAGAUGAUGAACAAGAUUUCAUGGAUGCUAUCAGAGAGGCAAACAAUUUCAAGGUCAAGAGAAAACGUAAGGAUGGGAAACCCAAACCACAACCAAGGGCUCGCAGGAACCAUGUCAUGGAACCUGAAGUGGCUCAAUUGCUGUCAGAAGCUAACGAGGCGUUUGUGAGAAGCGAUUUACAAGUUGCUGAAAGAGUUUACAAUGAAGUCAUUAAGAAGGAUGCCAAAAAUUUCGUCGCCUAUGAAACAUUAGGUGAUAUUUACCAACUACAGGGUCGGUUGAACGAUUGCUGUAAUUCAUGGUUUUUAGCGGCACACUUGAACUCUUCAGAUUGGGAAUUUUGGAAAAUUGUAGCUGUCCUAUCAGCGGACCUAGGUCACAUACGCCAAGCCAUUUACUGUUACUCUCGUGUUAUUAAUAUUAAUCACGAAGAAUGGGAGUGUAUUUAUCGACGCUCUCUGCUUUACAAGGAGAUUGGCCAAAUCGGUAGAGCCCUUGAAGGUUUUCAACGUCUAUAUUCUCAUAACCCUCUGGAUGGCAACAUUCUAAGAGAGUUGGCGGUGCUCUAUGUGGAAUACAACCGUAUAAAUGACGCAAUUGACAUAUAUUUAGGAAUUUUUGAAGCCAAUGUUCGUAGGAGAAAUGCCAUCAUAGCAGCUUCAGAAAAUGCACUGGAAUCCUCAGAUGAAGAAGAAGACGAUGAUAUCAGUGGAAACAGCGAAGAAGAUGAUGAAGAAGAAAAUCCUUACGAAUCUCAAAACGCCGAAGAUAUGCAAAUGUAUCCUGGUGUCAAUUGGAAAAAAAUCAACAAGAGACACAAUUGUAUUCCAUUCGAUUGGUCCUCAUUGAACAUCUUAGCAGAAUUGUUCUUAAAGCUAACCGCAGGUGGAAGUUCAGGAAUUAAAACUAUAAAGAGAUGCGCUCGCUGGAUUGAGCACCGUGAAGUACAAGUGUUUUGGGAUGAUGUCAAUGAUGAUUCUGAAUUCGAUGAUCGUAGGUUCAAGAAUAGUAGGUUUGACGCUAUAGCAGAAACUGAAAAAAUUAAGUCCUAUGGCCUUCCGAUUGAUAUUCGUAUCAGAUUGGGACUACUUAGAUUGAAUAACGAUAAUGUCGUGGAAGCGUUGAACCAUUUCCAGUUUCUUUAUGACGAGAAUUUCUCAGACAUCGCAGAUUUGUACUUUGAAGUCGCCAUUGCUUUAUCCAAAGGUGAAAAGCACAAGGAAGCCAUCGACUUCUUUACGCCACUCCUGGCAAUUGAAGAGUACUGUACUUUGGAUUUGUACAGACCAUUGGCAAGAUGCUACAAGGAAGUUGAGGAUUAUGAAUCAGCCAAGAGCUUUUAUGAGAAAGUAGUAUCCUUGGACCCAAAUGAUUUGGAAGAAAAAUUGGUCCUAGCAGAAGUUAAUUAUCAUCUAGGUGAUAUUGCCGCUUUUAAUCAACUAUUACUUGACGUGGUAGAAACUAGGAAACGCCAAGCGGAUCAGGAGAUGGCUAUCAGUGUGGAAGAUACGAGAGAGACCUCCCAGCCUUCAAACAAGGAACCUUCAGAGAAGCCAUUGCUUGAAGAUAGCAUGUUUAGAAAAACGGGUGUUAAGAAGAAGAGGACCCCUCAAGAUGCAGAAAGGGAAAGACAAGAGCGUGAGAAGAGAAUUACAUCCAAAGUGUUAGACAAAUACAAGAAGCUGGCCAUUUAUAAAAAGGGAAUGGAAAGAGGGGAUCUUACACAGAGGACUCUAUGGAUUGAUACGGUAUCAGAUCUGGUCGAUGUAUUUUCUAGCGUUAAAAACUACUUCGUUAAAAGCAGAUCAAAGAAAUUUGUGGGUAUCAUCAGAAGAACUAGAAAAUUUAAUAAAGUAAUUGAUUACAAGAUCGAAAGAUUGUCGAAAUUGUCAGAAGGUGAUAAUUUAUUAGAUGGGUUACCGCUCAUGGAAGAGAGAGUGACUCUAACCUCAACAACGGAAUUGAGAGGGUUAACGUACGAUCAAUGGUUUGAAUUAUUUAUGGAUCUUUCUCUAGCAAUAACGAAAUAUCAAAAUGUAGAAGAUGGUCUAAGUGUUAUUGAAACAGCACAGGAAGUGAAUGUCUUCUUCCAAAACCCAGAGAGAUCGAAAAUGAUGAAAUUCGUGAAAUUGGCCAUUAUCCUGCAAAUAGGUGAUGAAAAGGAAUUAACUGAGAAUUUGAGAAACCUUUUGAAUCAGUUUCAAUUCAAUAGAAAAGUUUUCGAGGUCUUCAUGUAUUCACUUACCAGAGGACAGCUUUCACUGAACAUAUUAAGUUCAACGGUGCACCAGAAAUUUUUCCUAAGACAAUUGAAGGCAUUCGAUAGUAUUCGUUAUGGAAAACGUAUCAACGGUCAGGCAUCUAUAACCAACAAAGCCGUUUCUAAUCCACAAAAGCUCAAUUCGCCCUAUCUAUACUACAUCUAUGCCACGCUACUGUAUUCUAGCCGAGGAUUUUUGUCUACACUACAAUAUCUCUCAAGAUUGGAGCAAGAUUGUCCUGAUGACUACAUGCUUAAUCUGAUGAUGGGUCUCAGUCAUUUACAUCGGUCCAUGCAGAGAUUGACUGCUAGCAGACACUAUCAAAUCCUUCACGGUCUUCGAUACAUCUACAGGUACUAUGAAAUAAGAAGCACGAUGUACACUGAAUUAGAGAGGCAAGAAGCAGAUUACAAUCUCGGUAGAGCGUUCCAUCUCCUGGGUUUAGUCUCGAUAGCGGUUGAAAACUACUAUAAAGUUUUGAACGAUUACGCGGAUGAGAAAUUGAAGAAACAUGCUGCCUACAAUUUAGUCACUAUCUACCAGGAGAGUGGAAAUACAAGACUGGCAAAUAAUAUUAUGGAAAAUUACCUAUCUAUUUAA